AUGUCUACGCACUAUGAUGCCGUAGUCAUUGGCUCCGGUCAAGGCGGGACGCCUCUCAGCAUGGCAUUCGCUCGAGCCAAGAAGAAGACGGCGCUGGUCGAGAGCACUCAUGUCGGCGGCUGCUGUGUGAACGAAGGCUGCACGCCGACCAAGACCAUGAUUGCCUCUGGCCGAGCAGCCCAUUUGGCCAGACGAGGGCCGGAAUACGGCGUGGUGGGUGCCCCGUCCGACGCCCUUCGCGUCAGCAUGCAAAGGGUGCGGCAGCGCAAGCGCGACAUUGUCGAUGGCUUUCGCUCCAGCAGUGAAGCCAGGCUUCGCGACGCCGGCGUCGACGUCAUCAUGGGCUCUGCCAGCUUUCGGGACGAGAAGACGAUCAAUGUUAGCGGCCUGGACGGUGCCGAAAAAACCCUUGCCGCUGAUCAAAUCUUCAUCUGCACGGGCGAGCGGCCCGCGACUCCGAGCUUGGAUGGCUUCCAUGCGGCCGCGUUCCCCCCGGGCACCCUUCUCGACUCGACUUCUAUUCAAGAACUCGACCUGGUUCCAUCCCACCUCGUCGUGGUCGGAGGUGGCUACGUCGGUCUUGAAUUCGGCCAGCUCUUCCGGCGACUAGGCGCCGAGGUGACCAUUGUUCAGCGCAACUCCCAGCUGCUUCCUCGGGAAGAUGCCGACGUGGCUGGGAAGAUGCUUGAGAUUUUGAAGCAGGACGGCAUACAGGUUCUUCUCAAGACAUCCCCUACAGCCUUCCACGCCUCGGGCGAUGACGACCUUGCCAGGGCUGUUGUCGUCGCCGUCUCUGGCCCGCAUGGCGCGUCGGAGCUCACGGCAUCUCAUGUCCUAUUCGCCGCGGGCCGCGUGCCCAACACAGACACGCUCAAUCUCGAGGCAGCUCUAGUAAAGACCACAGCUCGCGGUCACAUCUCAGUCGACCAGACCUUGCAAACUUCCAAUCCGCAUGUGUGGGCACUCGGCGAUGUCAAAGGGCCGCCGGCCUUCACGCACGUCUCCUAUGACGACUUCCGCCUGCUGCGAGCCAACUUGCUCGAGAAGGACUCCCAUCCCGCAGCCAUCACUACUGUAGAUCGUAUUUUGCCUUAUGUCGUCUACACGGACCCGCAGCUCGCCCAUGUCGGCCUGCAUGAACACGAGGCGCGAGCAAAGUUUCCCGAUGCCAAGGUCCAGGUAGCAACUAUGCCCAUGGCACAUGUCGCGCGAGCUUUAGAGACCGAUGAGUCAAGGGGCAUGAUGAAAGCUGUCGUCGAUGCCGACACACAAAGGAUCUUGGGAUUUUCGUGCCUUGGAUUGGAGGGCGGAGAGGUUAUGAGCGUGGUGCAGAUGGCCAUGAUCGCAGGCAGCAAGUGGACAGCAUUGAGAGACGCUGUCUGGGCUCAUCCAUCCCUUGCGGAGAGUUUGAACAACAUUUGGGGCUCGUUGCGGUAG